CAUUCAACAGUCGUUUAGUCAUCGAGUACCGAAAAAUGUGCGUUACCCGCUUGAAUUAUUUUUCAUUUAUUUAUUAUUGUUGAAGAAUAUAAAUUAUUAUAAAAUCCGCUACUAGUGAAAACGGUGACUAACGUUUAUAAUAAUAAUAUAACAAUUAUAGAAUAACUUUGUCGUCGACAUUUCCAACCAGAAUUCGACCGCAUGCAGUGUCACACGAGCAGAGUGUAGCCAAAAGAUCGACCAGAAUGAUUGUGUUCCAUUAAAGAAAAGAAAAAUAGAAAUUACUACUUGAUUAACAAUCACUCGAAUCAGGUAUAUUAAACCGUUAAUAUUGUGUUAGUAAAUUGCCGUGGAUUUGACGGCCUCGGUCAGUGCCGGAGAGCGAAGUACCUACCGUUUGUAAGCGGCUGGCCGACAACCCGACCGUGAGUUUUUGAUACGGUACAUUAUUAUAUAUUUUUUAUUAUUAUCAACCGCCGUCUGUUCAAACUCCAGUACAUUAUGUUGUUCCAACAGACAAUUGCGUUUGCCGUGUUGAUCUUGGCGCUCGUCACAAGACCAAUAGACGGUGCUGCAAUAGGACUGUAUGACGAAAGCGACUAUUUGGUCGUGCUGGACAACCAUAAUUUUAACGAUACCUUAGUGAAAGGCAACAUAUCGUAUGUGAUAGAAUUCUACAACGCUUAUUGUGGACAUUGCAUUCGAUUUGCUAGCACCUGGAAAGAAUUUGGUCUCGAAAUAAAAGAUUGGAAAAACUAUGUUCAAAUUGGUGCGAUAGACUGUUCGAAUGCCGACAACAGUCAGAUAUGUCGUGAUUAUGAAGUCAUGUACUACCCGACGGUGCGUUAUUUUCCUCCACAUCCGCCGUACGCUAGCCUAGGAACGGAAUUCAAUAGGCCGUCGAUGGUGCGUGAUUUGAAACAAGAACUUGUCAAGCAUCUUGCGGAAAGUCAAAAGUCAGAACGAUUGACUUAUUUAUGUGACCUUCAGCCGUACAAAGAAGCUUCGAUUGUGUCGAAAAAUGAAAUGCAUCAAAUAACAUUUGUGAUAGUGGAUACGCCGGAAAAUUAUUUGGCUCGUGAAUUAAUUAUUGAUUAUUGCCCAGCCAAAAAAGUUAGAAUUGUGCAUGCAUUAAACACCAAUGAACCUUUGUUAAGACAAAUGAAUCCGACAAAAUUUCCCAGUCUUUAUCGAUUGGAAAAUGACAAAUUUAUAUUUUUGACAAGCGGCGAUAACAAAACAAAUUUUGUCCAAUUCAUCAAUCAGAAUUUGAUUACAGUCGAUAUUACUCCUAUGUAUCAUAAAGAUUUGACUACUAGACGCAACGAUUUGUUGGCAGCACCCAGCAUAGACAAAAAGCUAGACGUAGAUGCGGUUUACUUGUCGGACUUGGAAGCUACAUUGAGUUAUUCGUUGGAACAUGAAAUUAUUACACGUAGUGUUAUAUCCAAAGACGCUCUGUCAGCUCUGAAGAAAUACUUAGAACUCCUUACAGAGUUCUUCCCGUCGGGGCCGAAAGGUAAAAAGUUCGUUUCGAUGCUCUGGGAGAAAAUAAUGUACAAAACUACAGUGAAAGGGACAGACCUUGGCGACACUGUCAACAGCUACGAAUCAAAGUUGAAUCCUUACGUCACGACACGCUCGUGGUUGGCGUGCAGGGGAAGCCAACCCAUCUACAGAAAAUAUCCUUGCGGCCUCUGGACCAUGUUCCAUACGCUCACAGUGCAAGCGGCCAACAAAAAUGCGGUUGAGUUUUCCGGCAAGGAUGUCCUUAAAGGUAUUGCUGGCUACGUCAAACACUUUUUCGGUUGCACUGACUGUGCAGAACACUUUUUGCAAAUGGUUUCCACCACACAGGGUAACGUAUCAACAUAUGAUGACGCCGUGUUGUGGCUUUGGAAAGCCCACAACCAGGUGAACCAACGACUUGCCGGCGACGUGACCGAGGAUCCGAUGUUUCCGAAAAUACAGUUUCCAUCGCAAAAUCACUGCAAGAAAUGUCGUUUGGACAACAAUGGCCAACAGUGGAACGAAACUGAAGUGUUACACUACUUGAAGGAAAAGUACUUGAAAAUCAAUCAGCAACGCGAAGAUGACGGUUUAUUUCAGAAAGAGCCACAACACGUUUGGGUAAAUCGCCAAGUAGUUGACGACAAAAAUUUCAAUCUGAUUGACACAGACAAUUGGAAUUUGGACAUUAACACCUGCAUGAUAUCGUACGUGUUGUCAUGUACAGUGUUAAUUAUAUUGUUUUAUUUAUUGGUGGUGAAGAAACAGUGUAAAAAAAACAAGUACAAUAUAUAUUACAUGUUGGGUAAAACCUCAUUGAAAUAAAAUAAUUUUUUUUUUUAACGAAACCUGUAUAUAUAUAUAUUUUAAUGUUAACUAGAUAUGAUGAGUACGUGUUGAAUAGAUCGAUUAGUACCUAACAGCGCGUUAUGUUAUGAUUUAAGCCAAUUUGGAUGUGAUUUUGUUUUUUUUUUAAAUUUUUUUCCUUAUACAAUUAUUAUAUUAUUGGCGGAAUUUAAAAAAUAUUUUUACGUUAGUUGCAUUAAUUGUGAUUAAUCCUCCUAUUUAAUUUCAUAAUUGCAUUUUGUUUAACCUGAUAUAAUGUAUAAUAUGAUAGAACAAAAUGCACAUUAAUAUUUUUAUAUAUCGUUUAUUAUUAUUAUUAUUGUUUUUUUUUAAAAUAUUAUUACAUAAUUUGUAAAUUACAAUUGUUUUUUUUAAAUUUCUUGUUUUUUUAUAAAUUUGUUUUUUUGUUUUGUUAAUUGGUCAGGGUUUAACAAGGUAUACACAUAAAUAAUGUUACUAUUAGAUGAUAAGCUUAAACAAAUUGUAUUUUUGUAAACAACUAUUAUAUUAUGAACUCCCACUUGUAAUAAAAUGUGUUAUUAUGUCUACGUAAAAUCAAAAUUUUAAAUUAUAUUACUAAGGUAGUGCAGCCGAUCGAUGAAAAUUAAAUUUAAAAAUAUAUUAU